AUGAGUAAGGAAGAGUACCGCAAAUGUAAGGUCAAUGUAGACUACACAAAGUGCAAAAACAAAUUCCGAGAGAAAUAUGGAGAUGUAUUCACCGUGUACCUCGGAUCAAGGCCUGUAGUCAUGCUGUGUGGGGCAGAGACCAUACGGGAAGCCCUUGUGGAUCAAGCUGGGGCGUUCUCAGGCCGAGGGCCAAUUGCUGCUGUGGAGUCUCUAUUUCAAGGAUAUGGGUUGGCCUUUGCCAAUGGGGAACGCUGGAAGGCACUUCGAAGAUUCUCUUUGGCCACCAUGAGGGACUUCGGGAUGGGAAAGCGGAGUGUGGAGGAGCGGAUUCAGGAGGAGGCUAAAUUUAUGGUGGCAGAACUGCGGAAAUCCCAGGGAAGCCUGGUGGACCCCGUAUUGCUCUUUCAUUCUGUCACUGCCAACAUCAUCUGCUCCAUCGUCUUUGGAGAACGUUUUGACUACAAAGAUCCCCAGUUCCUUCGGAUGCUGGACCUGAUGUAUAAGUCCUUUACGCUCGCUAGCUCCUUUUCCAGCCAGGUGUUUGAACUCUUCUCCAGCAUCCUGAAACACUUUCCUGGCACACACAGGGAAAUCUACAAAAACCUGCAGGAAAUCAACACCUUCAUUGACCAGAGUGUGAAAAAACACCAUGAAACCCUUGACCCCAGCUCCCCCAGGGACUUCAUUGAUGCCUUCCUGAUCCGUAUGGACAAAGACAAAUCUGACCAGAACACUGAGUUCCACCACAAGAACCUCAUCCUGACCUCGCUCUCGCUCUUCUUUGCUGGCACAGAAACCACCAGCACAACUCUACGUUAUGGCUUCCUGUUUUUGCUCAAGUACCCCCAUAUAACAGAGAGAGUCCAAAAGGAAAUUGAACAGGUGAUUGGUUCACAUCGCCAGCCAGCCUUGGAGGACAGAACUAAAAUGCCAUACACUGAGGCAGUCAUUUGUGAGAUUCAGAGAUUUGCGGACCUCCUCCCUAUUGGUGUGCCCCACAUGGUCACAAAAGACACUGCCUUCCGAGGGUUCGUCCUGCCCAAGAACACAGAAGUUUACACAGUCCUGACUACUGCUCUCCAUGAUUCAUGUCACUUUGAAAAACCAGAUACCUUUAACCCAGAUCACUUUCUGGAUGCAAAGGGGUCACUGAAGAAGAGUCCAGCUUUUAUUCCCUUCUCUAUGGGGAAGCGCCUUUGUCUUGGAGAAGGUAUUGCCCAUGCUGAAUUGUUCCUCUUCUUCACCACCAUCCUCCAGAACUUCUCCAUCACCAGCCCAGUGGCUCCUGAGGAUAUUGACUUCACACCCCAGGAAUUUGGUAUUGGCAGAGUACCCCCAGCAUACAAGAUUUCCUUCCUUCCUCACAUGAUGGACUCAGGGCAAAGGAAUUAAGGAUUGCAGGUUCAUAAAGUGCCUGA